AGGGCUGGACAACAGUCAGGGUGUUUGAUAGGGGGGAUUUAAGGCUCUUCCCCUCGGUCUUUACUCUCACCGUCUUUCUCUCCCUCACACUUUAUAUUUAAACACACUGCAGUGGAAUGGAUUAGAGCCGUCUCACAGCACCAUGGCUGUGCACAGUUUGGGUUUUUUUCUUGGAGUUGGGAUUAUUCUCGGGACCUUAAGCAUGCCAGUGGUCUGUAACGAGGAAUCAGAGCUGAUCAGAGACUUGUUCAGAGGCUACAACAAGAACAUUCGUCCAGUGGCUCAUCCUGAUGAAAAAGUGCAGGUUCAGAUCAAGCUGACUCUCACAAACCUGAUCUCACUGAAUGAAAAGGAGGAGACCCUCACGACCAACGUGUGGAUUGAGAUUCAAUGGAGUGACCAUCGACUUACCUGGAACUCUAGUAAAUAUUAUGGCAUUAAAGUGAUCCGUGUCCCGUAUAACACUGUUUGGCUUCCUGACAUCGUCCUGGAGAACAAUAUUGAUGGGAAGUUUGAUGUGGCUUACUAUGCCAACGUGCUGAUCAGCAGUGAUGGCUGGAUGUACUGGCUACCUCCUGCUAUCUAUCGAAGCACCUGUGCCAUAGAGAUCACCUAUUUCCCCUUUGAUUAUCAAAACUGUACAUUAGUGUUCAGGUCGCAGACCUACAGUGCCAAUGAACUGGACCUGAUCCUGGGUGUUGAAGAUGAGGUACCUAUAGAGUGGGUGCACAUUGACCCCGCUGCUUUCACAGAGAACGGUGAGUGGGCCAUCGUCCAUCGCCCAGCCAGGAAGAUGAUCAACAAACGGUACACCCCCGAUGACCUGGAGUAUCAGGAGAUUGUGUUCAAUCUGGUCAUCCAAAGGAAGCCACUGUUUUACAUUAUCAACGUAAUCCUGCCCUGCUCGCUCAUCUCCUCGCUAGUCGUACUGGCCUACUUCCUGCCAGCACAGGCUGGAGGACAAAAGUUGACUGUGUCCAUCUCUGUCCUGCUGGCUCAGACCGUCUUCCUCUUUCUUAUUGCUCAGAAAGUCCCAGAGACUUCUCUCUCUGUCCCUCUCAUUGGCAAGUACCUGAUCUUUGUCAUGUGUGUCACUACUCUCAUUGCUACCAAUCAAAUUGUGGUGUUGAACUUCUCGUUGCGCAGCCCCAGCACUCACAUUAUGUCCCACAGCAUUAAGCAUCUGUUCUUAGAACUGGUGCCUCGCUUCUUGGGCAUGUCCCCGCUGGUGGAUGACAGCGAGGUGACCGCAGAGGUGAACGGAGUGAGGGAGAGGCGACGCAGCUCGUUUGGCCUCAUGCAGAGGGCAGAGGAGUACGUGCUAAAACAACCUCGCAGUGAAAUGCUGUUCGAUAAACAAAGAGAGAGACACGGACUCACACAAUCAUUCGUAAACAACAUAGAUGUCAGCAGCACAGCUAACCUUUAUAAAAGUCUGGCUCAGGCUGCACCUGAAAUCAAACAGUGUGUGGACGCCUGCAACUUUAUUGCUGAGAGCACAAGACAACAAAACGACACAGGAUCUGAAAUAGAAAGCUGGGUAUUGAUUGGAAAAAUGAUCGACAAGGUGUGUUUCUGGGCUGCAAUCCUUCUCUUCAUUGUUGGCUCGGUGGGGAUCUUCCUGACAGGACAUUUCAAUCGAGCGCCGGAAUUUCCAUUUCAAGGAGACAGCAGAAAAUAUGUCCCAAGCUAAAACACUCAGCUGCUGAAACUGGUUUUAAUAACUUGUGCUCUUUGUGGAGCCACAGUGCAGCACGUGGACUCCCAUGCUUAAAUUCAGGGUUCUGUCAGGUCUGGUGGAAUAUUUAUGAUCACUUGAUGAACUUGUCUUUCAAAGCGCUUUUUGUUGAAACGUAGAGCAAUCUUUGAUAAUUUCAAUUCAGCUGAUUAGCUUCAGUAACAAUAAUGUUUUAGAAAGAAAUAAUUAUUUGGGUCAUUGCAAAAUUAAUGUAAUUCUACAAUAACAACAACAACAUAAUAAUAAUUAUUAUUAUGAUGAUGAUGAUGAUGAUGAUGAUGAUGAUGAUGAUGAUGAUGAUGAUGAUGAUGGUAUUAAGACUUUCACUGCGUUGCUAUGUAAGCGGUGUUGGCACUUUACGUUACUGUUGCAUAGGAUUUAAAAUUGGUCACAAAACUGCUAAAAUAUUUCUUUCAACAACAAGAAAAAGGCAGAUAAAUGGAGGAAAGUAACCGGCAUAGUCUGUUCACUUAUCUGCAUGUGUUUUGUCUUAAGAGAAGUGCCUUUGUAAAAUGAGCCAAACAAGUCCGAUUAAGAGCCUCACAUUUCUUAAGAAUGCGUAUGUUGUAAAAUUUGUCUUGACAUUGAUGAGCAAGUGUAUGAAAUCAUUUAUUUUGUUGUGUCCAUGAUGGUUUGUAAAAGUGGCUUGAUGCCAUUAGAAAGUUAAGCCAAUAAAGCAAAGGAAGAGUGAGAAAUGAA